CAGUUCUUUCCACCCAACACGAGGUACGCCGUCUCGCACAUGCUCACUUCUCUUCGUCAAAGAAAAAAAAAAAAAAACAGAUUAUCGUGUCAUCGUUUGGGUAAUACUGCAACCCGGCUAUUCAGCAACUUUUCUGAGUGUCCGUAGAUUUUUUUGUUUACUUGCUAUGUCAACAGGGUGGAUAUCCAAAAAGAAAAUUAUGUCAAAUCUUUGAAUAACAUCUGUUUAUAGUCUGGGUGUACGAGGUCAGUAACUCUGCUGCAGCAAGAGGAACAAGGUUUCUGUGACAAAAAGAGGCAGACAAACAGAGUAAACUUUCAGCCAUGCCUGAUUUUUAAACAGCGCCUUUCCAUAAAAGAAGACCGUCAAAAAGAGUACACAGAACCACAUUGGAUGAGCACAACAAAGGCCAAAGUGUAAAUGAAAAAGCAUUGCAACCAGUUCUUGGCAUUUUGAAGGUCCACAUUAAGUGCAUGUAUGAAUUACAAAGGGUGCCAAGCAGGCAGUUGGACUUUGCUGAAAUGAACCUUGACACAUUGGAUACUCCCGUGGAGAAUGGUUUAACUUUGGUUACAGAACUCCAGCCUGUAGAAGAGCCCGUGUGUCAGCUUCAUGUUGUAGCUGAAAAUGGUGAAAAAGAUGUGACUUCAACUACAGAGCCUAAGUCUGUAGAAGAGCCCGUAUGUCAGCUGUCUGUAGUAGCUGAAAAUGGUAAAAAUGAUGACACUUCAGCUACAGACCCUCAUUCUGUAGAAGAACCUGUGUGUCAGCUGCCCGAUGAAGCUGAAAAUGAUGAGAAUGAUGCAGCUUCAGUUACAGAACCUCAGCCCGUACAAGAGCCAAUGAGUCAGCUGCCUUUUGCUGCAGAAAAUGGCGAGAGUACCAUCACAAAAUAUAAAGAAAAAGAUGAAGUUGCAUUCACCAAUGAAGAUGUGGUUAAUUCGGAAAAUGUGGUGGAAAUGGAAGUGGAUGUCUCAGGAAAUGAAGAUAAUACCAACGUGUCAGUUACAAACAAAGAAGUCAGCUUCUCAGGAGUGUUCAAGAAAGAACUGAAAGUGAGGCUAUUUCCUAAACAGCGAAAAAAGAAGACUGGUCCAGGAGAGAAUUGGGAAGACUGGCCAAUUUUGGGAGAAGGAUGGAAGAGGAAAGAAGUGUUUCGGCGAUCUGGGCUCUCUAUGGGGAAAACAGACACUUAUUAUUUAAGCCCUGAUGGACUGCGAAUGAGAAGUAAGAUCGAGCUAGUCAGUUACCUUGGAGGAGAACUUGAUCUUUCAGAUUUUGAUUUUAAGUCGGGUUGUUUUGUGGAUCCUGACACAAUAAGAAAAGCAAAUCGAUGGGACAAAAAACGCAAUGACAAGGUCAAACCUGAGAAGAAGCCAAGAAGAAAGAAGAAACUUGCAGUGGAGAAUGAUGGCAUGCGAAAAAUUUCCUAUACCCCAGAAAAAAAUAACAGAAUGGAAAAGAUGCAUGGUUCAGUUAAGACCACCCCUAACAAAAUGCCCACUGUGAUUAGAAUGUCCCCAUCAAUGGUAAUAGCCCCCCCAAAACAAUCCACACCAAACAAGUUUUCACCACCAAAGACAUCCUCAACUCAAAAAAAAGCAAGCUCAGGCUUUUCAACAUCUUUCCCAUCUGGUGAAGCAUUGGUUGUUGGUUGCGAUAACUGUGGACAGCCUUUCACUGAUAUUGUGUUUGCAAAAGCAGGACAGCAGUCUUUAUGCUCAGAUUGUAAACCCUCUUUGAAUAUGGAGGACGGUCGUAACAUAGUUUUCAGAAAGUGGCUACCAUGUGGCCAGUGCAUAGCCUGUCGAGUUUCAGUGGACUGUGGAAUGUGUGCCAGCUGCAGGCAUAAACUGCUCAAUCCAGAUUCUCGGAAACCUGUGAGGUGUAGAAAACGGAAAUGCCUCCAACCUAUUCGAAAGAAAAGAAUGCUAAAGGGACCAAGACGAAUGAAACAACCAAAAAUUUCAACUGAAAUCAGGAAAAAAAGAACAAACAGACUUUUUGUAUUUGAUCAAGUUGGCCAGAAAAUGAAGAGAAAAAAAGUGGCUGAUUAUUCAGGGAAGCUACAACCACUUUUGAAGACGCAGAACUUUGAAAAAAUAAGGCAAGAAGAGGAUGUAGAAGAGAUGAGAGAAUCAACAAGAGAGUCAUACAGCGAGGCUCCCGGGGAUGCGGUAAGAGAAACAAGAAAGCAGUUUGAAGAAGAAAAGUUAAUGGAGCUAAGGAAGAUUCCUGCUCCACAGUAUUCUGAGCCUGAGGACUUCUUUUACUUCUGUGUUGAAAAUGACCAAGAACGUGACCAUGAUGACAAUGAUGGUCCCAAAAAACGUAGUCGACGGUCAUGUGGAAAAUGUGAAGCUUGCCUUCGUACCACUGACUGUAGGACAUGUGAUUUCUGCCAAGACAAACCUAAAUUUGGAGGACGUAACAAAAAGCGACAAAAAUGUCGAUUAAGACAGUGCCAGGUUGAAGCUAUGAGGCAUUUAUUACCAUUUCAGAAGGGUCGCUCUAAGCACAUGGCAGAUGUAGGCUGGCUUGGGCCAGGCAGAAGUCGAACGCGGCCUUCUAUAAACUCUAAGAGCCGAAAGAGUAAAAUUGGAAAGCCCAAAAAGACUGUGUCUUCGUGGAAUGCUUGGGACGUCUUUGAGUUCAAUGAGGAUGAUGUAGAAAUCAGUGAUGAACCAACGGAGAGCAGAGCUGUGGGAACAGAUUCUCAGGCGUGUUUCAGGAACAAUUAUGGAAAUAUUCAGAUUGUGAAAGUCUCAGAAUAUCAGGAAAAUGGCCAAGCUCAAAAUGAGGAAUGUUAUAGGGGUGAUUUUGGAAAUAUUCAGGUUUUGAAAAUUCCUGAUUUUCCUGAAGAUGGCCAGGUGCAGAAUGAGGUCUAUGCAGCAUUGGAAACAGAUGUCAUUUAUCAGCAACAGGACAUUGCUUUUGAAAAAACACCAGUUGCCUAUGAGAAAUCUCGGACAACGUUUAGCAAAUCCCCUCCAGAUCUACCCAAGGACCUACAGCCAAAGGAGCCUAUCAAUACAAUAAACCUGGGAGAAGAUGUGGAAAUUGUGCAAGUUGACACUGGGGAAGAUGAUGACGAUGUUGAAGAAGUAACACCUGUGAUCACGGAGAUUUACAGUUUAGCAGGAAGCAGCACAGAGAACAGCAUGCAUCAGGAACUGCUUCAAUUUUUGGAUUCUAUCCGACAGGUCCCAUUACCUGCAUAUUGGGUUGGUCUGGCAGUCGAUGGACCAAAAAUUCAGCUUGUUCAGUGUUCCAAACUGUCAACCAUGGCUGAUACGGUGGUGCAGAUUGAACCAGGUUUCUUCUAUCAGAUCACCGUCCAAGGCCAGCCUCUGCUGCUUUCACAUCCUCUAUAUGAAGCCCACCCUCUGCGACUCUGCACUGUUGGUAAUGUUGUUGGGCUGCUCAUGGACCUUGAAAAGCAUCAAGUGUGCCCUGGCUAUCCUAACAGCUUGCCAGGCCCACACGAGGAGCCUAUAUUGCUGGUACGAGCAGCUGCCUGUGACCUGCUGGUACAGGAUGAGCGGUGUGACAAGUGCAGCAUCACACCGUUGGUUAUCUGAAACUUUUCAUUUAUGUUCCAAGUGCUGCAAGAGUUAUGUGCAAGAAUUGACUCUACCUCUCUAAACUUUCUGCCUCUAACUCAGUUGGCCACCAACCCUGGUUGUCAAGAUUGGUCAGUCCCUUAAUGUGUUUUCUCUAGUCUGCUGGACAUGGGAAAAUGCAUAAUAUAUUUUUUCAUUUCCCUUUUUUAGUAUUUAUAUAAAGUUCUCUAGAAGACUGGACAUUAACUGGAUGAAAGAAUUGUAGUAUCAGAUUUCUUCCCGUCUCAUUCCUCCAUGCUGUCUGGAACAACGGGUGGCACUAUAUUGCUCCUUCAACCUUCUAUCUUAUGCUGAGCACCCACUUCAGGUCUCUAGUUUUAUAGAGUACUGUUCUUACGUUUGCUCAGACUCUUGAACAAAAUUUCUUCUACUGAACACACUUGAACAAACCACCAUCCAUAUGCAGCAAUAAUCUUGUUUCUUUUUGUAUCUUUCAUUACGUUUUUUCUUACUUUCUUUGGUUCUUUAUCAACUGGGUGCUGCAUGAUAGUCAUUUGCACUCAAAUGACAUAGGUUCAACUUCUUAUUUCAUUUGCAUUGUGUAUGUAGUAUCAGGGAGUCUGCACUUUUUUAGUGCAUCUGGUUCUUCUUUUUCUGAAUCACCUGAUGCAUAUUAAUGGAAUGAAAAUAUCAUAGUGGCCAAUAAGUGCAGGUUUUAACUAAAUGCUUUUCCCUCCAGGCACAAUGCAGUAUCCUGAACAGAAAUUAGCCAUCCUAGAGGUCAUUGUGGACCACACUUACUGUGUGAUAAUUGUUUUCAUUAUUUCUGAGCACACCUGCAGCUUUCCAGUAAAUGCUCUUGCUCCCCAGUUGGAGAUCCUGUAAGCUUUAUACUUGAAAUUGGAGGGCACAUGAUGCUAUUUUAGGUUGUUCUUGCUUUUUAAUGUUGUUUUUUCAGACCUAAGAAAAACAGCAAGUUGCCGUAGCGGAUAUAGGAAGCACAAUACAAAAGUAGUCUUUGCCGAGUACACCAGAUUCAUGGAUGUUUGACCAUAGGAUGGCUCCAGAUCUCUUGGUCACUUUUAAAGUUUUGACAUAGAAUACUGUUGUUUCCCCUACUGCCUGGACAUUUUGAUACUAUUACACUGAGCCAAAUUCAUUGCUGAAACAUAAGAAGUUUCUCAAUGGUUGCCUGCUUCUGUUAUUCAUAUACAUUCCACUCUGGGCAGCUGUAGCCUUCCCAAAGCUUAAGCUCGAGUGGGAAUAGUAAUGCUUUUCUAGCACCUUACUUUCAUCUGUUAAAAGCAGUUCAGAGAAGUCCUUCAGCUAUAAGCCUCUUUUUCUCUUUUCUGUUUGGGGAUGUCAGUGCCAUUUGUUUGACUGAUCUUGGUGCUAAAAUAUAUGUUUUAAUCAUAUUGUAAUGAGGUUAUGUUACGUUACGUUCCAUUUAUUGUUAAUGACCUAACAGAAACUGGCAAUGGUUAAAGAUUGCCUGAUAGGCUUCUCAUUAAAUUUUUAUUGGCAGUCCCUGUAUGUCAUAUUAGAAGAGGUAAUACUGAGCACUGCUUUUAAAUUUUAUUUAUUUAUUUA